AUGUCAUUCAAGCGUGAUGGUGACGAUGCUUCGUUUAUCCGGUUACUGCAGAAAAGAAGGAUAUCAGAAUUGUUCACGGCCAAUAUACCUAACAAUGAAGCAAAACUUUUAAGCAAUGGAAGGUUUGCUUGCACUGUUUGCCACCAAGGUCCUGUGUUUGAUACAGUUCCAAUGCUAUCAAUUCACCGAUCUGGAAAAAGACAUAAAAAGGGUAGCAUUCAUCUUGUGUUUCGUUCUUAUAUAUUCUAA